CGGGGUGUAUCUCAAUGGACGGACACAACCAGAGACACGCACAGAGAGCGUGAGAAAGUGAGAGCGACCGAGCGAACCGAGCGAGGAGAGAGAGUGUGAGAGAGAGAUUAUAAUAAGGGUUUUGAAGUCAGAGUCUCGCAACCACCAAACUCGGCGGAGUAGCCAUGGACGCUCAGUCGCAGCAGCAAGCUGGACCAGUGAAGAAGAAGGAGACUCGGGGCCGGAAGCCCAAGCCCAAGGAAGAGAAGAAGGACGACCACCAACAGCAAGCCAAGCUCAAGAAGUCGCAGCAGAACGCCACAGUCGACGACAAGUACACUCAGUGGAAGUCCCUCGUCCCCAUCCUUUACGACUGGCUUGCCAACCACAACCUCGUCUGGCCCUCCCUUUCUUGCCGGUGGGGUCCUCAGCUCGAGCAAGCUACUUACAAGAAUCGCCAGCGUCUGUACCUUUCCGAGCAGACCGAUGGCAGUGUCCCAAAUACUCUGGUUAUUGCAAAUUGUGAGAUUGUCAAACCUAGAGUCGCCGCUGCAGAGCAUAUAUCUCAGUUCAAUGAGGAAGCCCGCUCACCAUUUGUGAAGAAGUACAAGACCAUCAUUCAUCCUGGAGAGGUAAACAGAAUCAGAGAACUUCCACAGAACACUAAGAUAGUGGCCACGCAUACCGACAGUCCUGAUGUUCUAAUUUGGGAUGUCGAAGCUCAACCUAACCGUCAUGCUGUCCUAGGAGCUACAACCUCGCGUCCAGAUUUGAUUUUGACUGGACAUCAAGAUAAUGCAGAAUAUGCCCUUGCAAUGUGUCCAACUGAGCCCUACGUGCUCUCUGGAGGGAAGGACAAAACAGUGGUGUUGUGGAGUAUUCAGGACCAUAUAGCAGCCUCUACCACUGAUCCAGCAGCAAACAAGUCUCCAGGAUCUGGUGCAUCAAUCAUUAAAAACUCAAAGUCUGGGGAUGGUAAUGAUAAAGCUACUGAUGGUCCUACUGUUGCUCCUCGGGGAAUCUACUAUGGACAUGAGGAUACAGUCGAAGAUGUGGCGUUUUGCCCAUCUAGUUCACAGGAGUUCUGUAGUGUUGGUGAUGAUUCUUGCCUCAUAUUAUGGGAUGCACGUGUCGGCUCUAGCCCUGCUGUAAAGGUUGAAAAGGCUCAUGAUGCUGAUGUUCACUGUGUUGAUUGGAAUCCCCAUAAUGAUAACCUUAUUCUAACAGGGUCAGCAGAUAAUUCUGUACGCGUGUUUGAUCGUCGGAAUCUCACUUCUGAUGGAGUGGGGGCACCCAUAUAUAAAUUUGAGGGUCAUUCAGCAGCUGUUCUCUGUGUUCAGUGGUGUCCAGACAAAUCGUCUGUCUUUGGAAGUUCUGCAGAGGAUGGUCUUUUAAACAUUUGGGAUUAUGAGAAGGUCGGUAAGGAGCGAACUCCAAAAGGCCCAACUUCUCCACCUGGCUUGUUUUUCCAGCAUGCUGGGCACAGGGACAAGGUUGUUGAUUUUCAUUGGAAUGCAUCUGAUCCAUGGACUGUUGUCAGUGUUUCUGAUGACUGUGAUAGUACUGGCGGAGGGGGCACAUUGCAGAUAUGGAGAAUGAGUGAUCUGAUCUACAGGCCUGAAGAGGAGGUUCUGGCAGAGCUUGAGAAGUUCAAGUCCCAUGUUGUUUCCUGUACUUCAAAGCCUUGAGGAGUUGCGUGUUAAUACGCUUUUGGGUUCCGGAGAAAAGGUUCUGUAGUAAACUUAUUGAACGAAAACCUAAGCUAUUAUGUUAGAGAGGUAGUAUGUCUGUUGAGCUAUAGAUAUUUGCUUAUCGGAUACCUAUGAUGCGAGGAGAAAACUCAUGCUUAAACUAAGCUUUUGUUAUGUAUGCCGUCGUGUCGUCGUAGUAUUCGGGAUUAGAGAUUGUCAAUCUAACCGAGAUGUUAGCAUGGCUUAAUCGUUUUACCGUGUUAUCAAUGAAUUAUUUGAAUGACUUGAUUA